AUGGUUGGUGGCACUAUUUGGCCAGUGUUGGGAAUUCAGCCCCUGAACCACCUCGAGCAUGCCACGCAAAUCAUAGCCGAGGCCACAGCACUGUUGGAGCUCGACAGCACCAACCGCGCCAAAGUACCAGCCACAUCUCUGGAAGCACUUUUGAACAGCGUGAUCAAUCUAGCUAAGAAGGCCCGAGAGCAACUAUCCGGACAGGAGAUCCUGGGAAAGCUAAACAGUGUGCAGCCGAUCAACGCAGUCAAUAAUGCAUUCGCAUCACCGGCUCCUGUCGCAACCAACACGGCCACUCGAAUUGCCUCCUGGGCUGACGUAGUCCGGUCGGGCACGCCUUCAUACCCGUCGACACCGAACAGCAGAGCCUCCACAACCGCAAGUGUCAGGGAUAGAGAAACCGUUGUGAAGCUGGAUGCAAACGCGGCGGCCGUAUGCCGCCAGGUAUCAUCGGAAGACCUCUGCAAACGUAUGAACGAUGCAUUAAGCUCACGGAUAAAUCUGCUUGGGAAGGCCCCUCAGGCCAUAGCCGCAAAACGACUGAAGAGUGGGGACAUAGUGCUGCACACAGCAACCACAGCCAUUGAGAAAAUUGAAUCUGAGGAUGCGGUGCUCCAUGAGGGAGCGAAGGUAACGUACGUAGGCUGGCUAACCAGGGAAGGAAGAAAGAAACAAGCCUCAUCCCCUGUCGUGGAGUUUACGACGAAAUAUCACGCGAACCCGUUCAUCCAGGAGGGACAGGUGUUGAACGCGAUUCACCACGACUGUGUUCUUGCGAUGCCGAAGAGAGAUGCAGAUACUGCGCGGGAGCGCACAAUACCAAGGAAUGCAUAG